CCUGACAUCUGCGCCCCAUCCUGCAGGUGUACGUGAUUGAGCCCAGCAGCAUGGAGUUCGCACCGUGCCCAGUGGAGGCCCGGGUGGGCCAGACCCUGGAGCUGCCACUGCGGAUCAACGGCCUCAUGCCGGGUGGGGCCGACGAGGUGGUCACCCUGAGCGACUGCUCCCACUUCGACUUGACGGUUGAGGUGGAAAACCAGGGCGUGUUCCAGCCGCUCCCAGGGCGGCUGCGGCCGGGGUCUGAGCACUGCAGCGGAGUCAAGGUGAGGGCGGAGGCCCAGGGCUACACCGCCGUCCUUGUGAGCUACAAGCACGACCACAUCCAUCUGAGCGCCCGCAUCACCGUGGCUGCCUACCUGCCCCUCAAGGCCGUGGACCCCUCCUCUGUCGCCUUGGUGACUCUCGGCUCCUCAAAGGAGAUGCUCUUCGAAGGAGGCCCCAGACCGUGGGUCCUGGAGCCUUCUAAAUUCUUCCGGAACGUCACCUCCGAGGACAUGGACAGCAUCAGUCUGGCUCUCUUUGGGCCCCCAGCCUCCCGGAAUUACCAGCAACACUGGAUCCUGGUGACCUGCCAGGUCUUGGGCGAGCAGGUCAUCGCCCUCUCUGUGGGGAACAAGCCCAGCAUCACCAAUCCGUUCCCCGCGCUGGAGCCCGCCGUGGUGAAGUUCGUCUGCGCCCCGCCGUCCCGGCUGACCCUCACGCCCGUCUAUGCCAGCCCCCAGCUGGACCUGUCGUGCCCGCUGCUGCAGCAGAACAAGCAGGUGGUUCCAGUCUCCAACCACCGCAACCCUCUGCUGGACCUGGCUGCCUACGACCAGCAGGGCCGCAGGUUCGACAACUUCAGCUCCCUGAGCGUCCAGUGGGAGUCCGCCAGGCCGUCGCUGGCCAGCAUUGAGCUCGACCUGCCCAUGCGGCUGGAGGCCCAGAGUGACCAGAGCGGCCAGAAAAAGCUGCAUGGUCUGCAGGCCAUUUCGGUUCACGAGGCCUCGGGCACCACCACCAUCUCUGCCACCGCGACUGGGUACCAGCAGUCCCACCUCCAUGCGGCCAGAGUGAAGCAGCCGCACGACGCCCUCACGCCCGUGUCGGCCUCCGUCGAGCUCGUCCUGGUGGAGGACGUGCGGGUGCGUCCGGAAGAGGUGACCAUCUACAACCACCCCAACGUGCAGGCCGAGCUGCAGGUCCGGGAAGGCUCCGGCUACUUCUUCCUCAACACCAGCGCCGCGGACAUCGUCAGGGUGGCCUACCAGGAGGCCAAGGGCGUCGCCACGGUGCACCCUCUGCUCCCGGGCACCUCCACCAUCAUGAUCCACGACCUGUGCCUGGCCUUCCCGGCCCCCGCGAAGGCUGACGUUUACGUCUCGGACAUUCAGGAGCUGUACGUCCGCGUGGUGGACAAGGUGGAGAUUGGGAAGACGGUCAAAGCUUAUGUGCGCGUUCUGGACUUUCGCAAGAAGCCUUUCCUGGCCAAGUACUUGACCUUCAUGGACCUGAAGCUCCGGGCAGCCUCCCAGAUCAUCACGCUGGUGGCCCUCAACGAGGCCCCAGAUGACUACACCGCCACGUUCCGUGUCCACGGCGUGGCCAUUGGCCAGACCAGUCUCACCGCAAGCGUGACCGAUAAAGCUGGGCAGAGAAUCAACUCAGCCCCACAGCAGAUCGAGGUCUUCCCCCCAUUUAGGCUGAUACCCAGGAAGGUGACGCUGAUUAUCGGGGCCACGAUGCAGGUCACCUCCGAGGGCGGCCCCCAGCCUCAGUCCAACAUCCUCUUCUCCAUCAGCAACGGGAGCGUGGCGGAGGUGAACGGCGCCGGGCUGGUACGGGGGCUCGCCGUGGGCAACGGCACCGUGUCCGGGGUCGUGCAGGCCGUGGACGCCGAGACCGGCAAGCUCGUCACCGUAUCGCAGGAUCUCGUGGAAGUGGAGGUGCUGCUUCUCCAGGCGGUGAGGAUCCGCGCCCCCAUCACUCGGAUGAGGACAGGGACCCAGAUGCCUGUCUAUGUCACUGGGAUCAGCAACAACCAGAACCCUUUCUCCUUCGGGAACGCAGUGCCAGGGCUGACCUUCCACUGGUCUGUCACCAAGCGGGAUGUCCUGGACAUUCGGGGACGGCACCACGAGGCGUCGCUCCGGCUCCCGUCGCAGUACAACUUCGCCAUGAAUGUGCACGGCCGGGCCAAGGGCCGCACCGGCCUGAGGGUGGUGGUCAAGGCUCUGGACCCCACAGCCGGGCAGCUGCUGGGCCUCGCCAGAGAACUCUCUGACGAGAUCCAAAUCCAGGUGUUCGAGAAGCUGCGGGUGCUGAGCCCUGAGAUAGAAGCCGAGCGUGUGUUAAUGUCGCCCAACUCGUUCAUAAAGCUCCAGACCAACAGGGACGGCGCGGCCUCUCUGAGCUUCCGUGUCCUGGACGGGCCCGAGAAGGUUCCCGUCGUGCACGUCGACGAGAAGGGCCUCCUGACGUCGGGGCCCGUGAUCGGGAUGUCCACGGUCGAAGUGACCGCCCAAGAGGCGUUCGGGGCCAAUCAGACUACCAUUGUUGCUGUCAAGGUGUCCCCUGUUUCGUACCUGAGGAUCUCCAUGAGCCCCGCCCUGCACACCCAGAACAAGGAGGCUCUGGCAGCCCUGCCCCUGGGAGUGACCGUGACCUUCACCGUCCACUUCCACGACAGCUCUGGCGACGUCUUCCAUGCGCACAAUUCCAUCCUCAACUUUGCAACUAACAGGGACGAGUUUGUGCAGAUUGGGAAGGGCACCGCCAACAACACCUGCGUGGUCCGCACAGUCAGCGUGGGCCUGACACUGCUCAGAGCCUGGGACGCGGAGCACGGGGGCCUCUCCGACUUCGUCCCACUGCCCGUCCUGCAGGCCAUCUCCCCAGAGCUGUCCGGAGCGCUGGUGGUGGGGGAUGUCCUCUGUCUGGCCACGGUUCUGGUCAGCCGGGAAGGUGUCCCCGGGACCUGGAGCUCGUCUGCCAGCAGCGUCCUCCACGUGGACCCCAAGACAGGCGUGGCCGUGGCCCAGGAGGCAGGAUCUGUGACUGUUUUCUAUGAGGUCGCUGGGCACCUGAGGACCUACAAGGAGAUCGUGAUCAGCGUCCCUCAGAGGAUCGUGGCCCGGUACGUCCGCCCCGUCCAGACCGGCUUCCAGGAGGUUGCGGCCUCCAAAGUGAUGGUCACCGUGGGAGACCGGAGCUCUAACCUGAGAGGCGAGUGCUCCCCUGCCCAGGUGGAAACCAUUGCGGCCCUGCGCCCAGAGUCCCUCCUCAGCUGCCAGCUGCAGUUCAAGCAGGACGACUUUGACUUCCCAGCACGAGAGGUGUUCACGGCAGAACCGGAGUUUGACGCUGCUCUGGGCCGGUACCUUUGCUCCAUCACGAUGCUCAGGCUGACGGACAAGCAGCUGAAGCACCUGAGCAUGAGGAGGACGGCGCUGCUGGUCACUGCCUCCAUCCCGGGCAGCCGUGUCUCCGGAGAGCAGGUCGGGGCCGAGGUACCUUUCAGCCCAGGGCUUUACGCCGACCAGGCCGAAAUCCUUUUGAGCAACCACGACACCAGCUCCGAAGUCAAGGUCUUUGGCACCGUGGAGGUUCUGGAGAACCUGGAGGUGAAGUCAGGGUCCCCAGCCGUGCUGGCCUUCGUGAAGGAGAAAUCUCUAGGGCUGCCCAGCUUCAUCACCUACACGGUCGGCAUCUCGGACCCCGCGGCCGGCAGCCGUGGGCCUCUGUCCACCACCCUGACCUUCUCCAGCCCCAUGACGAACCAGGCCAUCACCGUCCCGGUCACUGUGGUCUUUGUGAUGGAUCGCCGAGGGCCUGGGCCUCACGGCGCAGGCCGCUUCCAGCACUUCCUGGACUCCUACCAAGUCAUGUUCUUCACGCUCUUCGCCCUGCUGGCUAGCACGGCCGUCAUGAUCAUAGCCUACCACACGGUCUGCGCGCCCCGGGAGCCCGCGCCACCUGCCCUCUCCCCGCGAGCCAGCCCGCGGCACAGCCCCCACUACUUUGCUGCCUCAUCGUCGCCCAUGCCUUUCAGCAUGCUGCCCCCUGUCCGCCGAGCCAGUCCUCCUUCGGGGCUGUGGAGCCCGGCGCACACGUCCCACUAGCCCGCGGGGC